AUGAAGGCGAAGGCGGGGGCUUCUAGUAGCCGGCCAAGGCAGGUGCGCGAAGACCACCAAACUACCCUACUGCCUUCUGUUAGGCGUAAAGGAAAGCUUUCACUUGGAGGCCCUCCUCUGGGUGCGAGAGCCUAUAAAAUGAAGACUCUUGGUGUAGGCAGAAAGGGUGCGCAGGAGGAAAGCUCCUCCCCUGUCUUGUCUGAUGGCGAGAAAGUGGGUAAUGGGGACAUCCCAAAUACAGACCCAGUUAUAGAAGACUCGGACUCAGAGGAAGAUGAGCUAUGCUUUGAAAUCAAGAAACGAGAACCGAAGAAGGCCGAUACACUGUCAAACCAGUUCCCUCAAGCCAUGUAA